AGUUAUAAGAUCACGUUAGAUUACUUUUCCCUUCGUAUUAAUCCACAAGAUCCUCGGAGCUUCUCAAAUUUCAACUUCUAAAUCAGUUCUAUCUCCCCAAUCGGCGCCCAAUAUGUCUGAACAGCAGCCACAAAAUCUGGCAGCGUUUCUGCCAGCCAUUGCGACCCCUUUGACUAUCGAAUCUCGCCCAAUCCCAAGCCCAAGCAAUGGAGAGAUAUUGAUUCGCAAUCAUGCGAUUGCUGUUAAUCCAGUUGAUUGGAAAAGGCGGGACUGGGGAUUUGCAAUUCCCUCCUAUCCGACAAUUCUUGGCAGUGACGUGAGUGGUGUUGUAGAAGCCAUUGGCCCUGAUGUCACGAUCUUCAAGAAAGGAGACCGUGUCAUCGGCUUCGCAGACGGCUUUUCGUCUGGAAAGCUGGACAACUCUGCCUUCCAGACAUACACCAUAGUUCCUGUCACAUCUGCGGCCAAGAUACCUGACAGUAUCGAUUUUGAGCAUGGUGCGAUGCUACCUAUGGCUGUCGCGACUUCCAGUAUCGCACUUUUCAGUGAUCUCGGCCUUCUCCGCCCAGCUCCUGGGCUGGUACCGAAGGGCUCUGCUUCAGUCCUCAUCUGGGGUGGUGCUUCUGGUCUUGGUUCUAUGGCUAUUCAGCUUGCGCAUCUAGCAGUUUAUGACGUAUAUGCCGUCGCUAGCCCAGCCCACCAUUCUUAUCUGAAGUCGCUCGGUGCAACUACGCUCUUCGAUUAUAGUUCCCCGACAGUUGUUAAAGACAUCAUUGAUGCGGCUAAAAGUAAAGGACAACCUAUCUGCCAUGCUUUGGACGUCAUUUCCGAAGAGAAAACUCUUUCAGCCGUGAGCAAGGUGCUUUCUGGGUCAGGAGGACAGGGCAGCAAACUGGCACACGUGCUCCCCUGGCCAGAGAACGUGGCUAAGCCAGAUGAUAUUCAGCUGCUAUCCGUGUCCGGGGAGAACGUCUGGACUACACGAAGGGACAUCUCAACAUGGCUCUUCCACACAUUCCUUCCGUCUGCCUUAGAAAGAGGGUCGAUUGUACCAAGCCCUCGACUUCAAAUCGUCGAAGGUGGACUCAGUGGCUUACAGAGUGCAAUGGACUCUAGCAAGAAGGGUGUAAGUGGGCAAAAAUUAGUUGUUAGACUGGCUUAGCUAGUCACGAUCUAUGAAUCUCAAGAAUUUCGAAGAGAAGAAGGAUUUUAGAGAUUUGGGAAAUGAAAAUUUUACUCGUUACUUUUUGACAUGACUUGUUCGUGAGCCGCCAGAGACCCUACCUGAGCAAACACGACUUGUAUACGAGAACAGAUUUAAUGUUGUAACAGAAAAAGUGAUUUGAUGGGAAAGUGAAAGGAAUACAAGACAAUAUAAGUUUCAUAAUAGAUGAUAUUAAUAA